AUGCAUAGGUCAACAUUUGAUAAGCUAUGUUCCAUGCUAACGGAUGUGGGUGGUCUUAAGCCUAGUAAGAAUAUGCUUAUAGAUGAGCAAGUUGCCAUAUUCUUGCACAUAUUAGCACAUCAUGUAAAGAAUAGAGUAAUACAGUAUAACUUUAGUAGAUCUGGAGAAACCAUUAGUAGGCAUUUCAACUCCGUGCUUAAUGGAAUGAUGAGACUUGGACAUGUGUUGUUCAAGAAAGCAGAGCCUGUGGCAGAAGACUCCAAUGAUGAUAAGUGGAAGUGGUUCAAGCAUUGUUUAGGGGCAUUGGAUGGAACGCAUAUUAAGUUGAGAGUUUCUUCUUUAGACAAGGCAAGAUACCGAAAUAGGAAAGGAGAUAUAACCACAAAUGUGUUGGGUGUUUGCUCACAAGAUGGAUACUUUAUAUAUGUUUUACCUGGUUGGGAAGGGUCUGCAGCAGAUGGAAGGGUUCUUCGUAAUGCAAUUAGUAGGAGGAAUGGAUUAAGAGUUCCACAAGGUUACUAUUACUUGGUUGAUGCUGGAUACGCCAAUUGUGAGGGAUUUCUUGCACCAUAUAGAGGACAAAGAUACCACUUGAGUGAAUGGAGAGAGGGGCGAUAUCCUAGAAAUGCACAAGAGUGCUUUAAUAUGAGACACUCUUCUGCACGAAAUGUCAUUGAGAGGUGUUUUGGUAUUUUAAAGUUAAGAUGUGUAGAUCCACUGGAAAAUGAAGUAGACGAAAUGGAAGUUGAUGUGGACAGGAUGUAUAAUCCCUCAAUCCAACACAUGGACGCAUCUGAUGAGUGGGCUACCUUUAGGAAUAAUCUUGCUAAUGAAAUGUUUACUACUUUUACUUGUAAUAGGAUGUCUAGAUGA